AUGCUAUCGUUCGCUAUCCUUCCAGGACUGACUGGACUAGUCACCAUAAACGCAAAUGGAUCACGUAUUCCGCUGUUUUCGGUCUACGUCCUUGACGCCAACUUCAAUCAAGUCACUGCUAUCAACUUCACGAUUACCGAUGGAGUACCCGUAAUGACGAAAGGCUACACAAAUGAAGCAGCAACUCUUUGGGGAACUCGAGGUGGCCAUCGACCGCUCGUUCGUCCGAAAUGUGGCUUCACGGGACUCGAUUGUCCUAGGCCAUUCUGGGAGCAGUACGGCAUUUAUGUCAUGGUCGGAGCAGGGCUGAUAGCAAUUUUACUGAUUGUAUUUGUGAUACUAAUUUUUUACGCGCGAGAACUUCAACAGGAAAGCAAACGAUCACUGCAGUCGGGUCCAUCAACGAUGACAGCAGAUUCGAAACUUACAGAAUCGAACUUUGGCGAAUACGAGAUCUGUUUUCUUGAAAAUAAUGCUGUUUUGACUAAAACAUAUCCAGCAGUGGGAUUGACCGAUAAUGACAAGUCUAUAUUUCCGCAGAUGAGGAAAUUGGAUCAUGAUAAUGUCAAUCGAUUUAUUGGGCUUUCGAUUGAUGGCUCCGAAUAUAUAGCUAUUUGGCGGAUGUGUUCCAGGGGUACUCUACAGGACCUUAUCUCGAAAGGCUCAUUGUGGUUUGAUCCGUUUUUCAUGCUGUGUAUAAUGAGGGAUAUAGCAGAGGCAUCGCGCCAAGAUGCCCUACAUAUUACCGUUAUAGGGUAUUCGAUUCCUACAAAACUCGAUUAUUGGUUGUCACGGUCGUCUCUCUUCAAACUGUUGUUUGGUCUAUUAUGGCUAGCUCCUGAACAUCUGCGAUCUCCGGAGACCUCGGUGAAAAAGUCCAAGGAGGGUGACAUAUAUUCUUUUGCUAUUAUCGCCUCUGAGGUCGUAACGCGGAAAGCGGCAUGGAACUUGAAUGAACGAAAAGAACGAAUUGAUGAACUGCUUUAUAUGUUGAAAAAGGGAGGACCUGCACCACCUCGACCAGAGCUCAACGUUGACGGCGACAUCAAUGUGGCGGUGCUUCACCUUAUACGCGACUGCUGGAACGAAAGACCGACGGACCGCCCAAACUGUGAAACUUUGUGCAAUAUGUUAAAGACGAUGAUGCCGGACAAGAAGUCCAAUUUGAUGGAUCAUAUGUUCAACAUGUUGGAAGACUACACCACUACACUUGAAUUGGAUGUCGAAGAACGAACAAAGCAGUUGCAUGAGGAAAAGAAGAAGGCUGACAUUCUUUUGGGAAAGAUGCUGCCUAGGCAAGUGGCUGAUCGCUUGAAACUAGGACAAGCAGUGGAACCAGAGAGUUUCGAUAGCGUCACAGUGUUUUUUUCCGAUGUGGUCAAGUUUACUCAACUGGCUGCUAAAUGCACAGCUUUUCAAGUUGUGAAUCUUCUCAACGAUCUCUACAACGGAUUCGACUCAAUCAUUGAGGAGCACUCUGUAUACAAGGUAGAAUCGAUUGGUGAUGGAUAUUUGUGCGUCUCUGGGCUUCCGGUGAGAAAUGGUUCAACCCAUAUCAAGGAGAUAGCUGAGCUGUCGUUGUCUUUCAUGAAAUUUGUGGAUGAGUUUAGAAUAGCUGCUCUUCCGAAAGAGAGAGUUCAACUUCGAAUUGGGCUGAACUCAGGCCCUUGUGUCGCCGGUGUCGUUGGAUUAAGUAUGCCUCGUUACUGCCUAUUUGGGGACACUGUGAACACCUCAUCACGAAUGGAAAGCAAUGGCAAAGCUGGUCACAUUCAUAUGUCUAAGGAAGCGCACGACUUGCUUAUCAACGAAUACACAGCAGAUUAUGAGACACAGUCAAGAGGAGAAGUAAUUAUAAAGGGUAAGGGCGUGAUGGAAACGUUCUGGUUGAUUGGCCGUCGCGCUGCUACCUCUGCCAGACCGCCAUCUGAAGUGUAUGUGAAGCAAAAUACCGAUGAGAAAUCAGAGCAGCGUAAAGACGACCCAACCGUCCUGGCAGAGCUGAGUACUUCAGAUAAGACGCCACCGUCGACUCCGAGCACCGUUUCGUCGAAUACAAUGUACAAAGAAUAUUUGCGUAGUAACACUGUUGAAGUCUCCUAG